AGGGUCUCCCACAGCCCCAGGGCCCGCCCCUAGGACCUCCUCCGCUUGUGCUGUGUGGGAUGUUCCCUCGGUGCCACCUAGUUGGGGAGGGGGAGGGAUUUCUCCCCUCAGCCCCUCGGGUGCAGCCGGCGGAGCUCAUGCAGGGCCUCCCGCGCAUUGUCCGAACUGGGCAACUGGGCCAGACGCGGGGAGUCUCGCUGAGCGGCUGGUGUGGCUGGCGGCCGUCCUGGCAGCCUGAUCCGGUCAUGGCUCGCUCCGCCCUGGGCAGUGCAGUCGCCGGCAAGCAGGGAUGGGGAGAAAGCGUUUAUCAUGUUGGGCUCUGGGUUCAAGGCAGAGCGCUUGCGAGUCAACCUGCGCCUUGUCAUCAAUCGCCUCAAACUACUGGAGAAAAAAAAGACUGAGUUGGCCCAGAAGGCAAGGAAGGAGAUUGCAGAUUACCUGGCAGCUGGAAAAGAUGAGCGUGCCAGGAUUCGUGUGGAGCACAUCAUCCGUGAAGAUUACCUUGUGGAGGCCAUGGAGAUCCUGGAGCUAUACUGUGAUCUGCUGCUCGCCCGCUUUGGCUUGAUCCAGUCCAUGAAGGAGCUGGACUCUGGCCUGGCAGAGGCAGUAUCAACACUGAUUUGGGCUGCACCACGCCUCCAGUCAGAAGUGGCUGAGUUGAAGAUUGUUGCUGAUCAAUUGUGUGCUAAGUACAGCAAAGAGUAUGGGAAGCUGUGCCGGACAAACCAGAUUGGGACAGUCAACGACAGGCUGAUGCACAAGCUGAGUGUGGAAGCACCACCCAAGAUCCUAGUGGAGAGAUACCUCAUCGAGAUUGCAAAAAACUACAAUGUGCCCUAUGAGCCUGACUCAGUGGUGAUGGCUGAAGCCCCAGCAGGCGGAGAGGCAGAUCUGAUUGAUGUGGGGUUCACAGAUGAUGUGAAGAAGGGUGGCCAUGGAGGAGGUGGAGGUGGUGGAUUUACAGCCCCAAUGAUAGGUCAGGAUGGGUUAGUACCCAUGCCAGUGAUGAUGCCCAUGCCCAUGCCAGCAACAAAUCCAGCUUUCUCCUAUCCACCUCCAAAGGGACCGGAGAACUUCAGUGGCCUGCCAGUGGGGACCUACCAGCCUUUCACUAACAUCCACCCACCACCAAUUCCGGCAAACCCACCCACAUAUGAGUCCAUUGAUGAGCCUAACACUGACAAGGACACUGCUGCACUAGUGCCUGGACCUGAGCCCAAGCCAGAAGCUUCUCCUAAACCAAAAGCUGGAGCUCCCAAUACCUUUGAUAACUUCGUGCUGCCUGAAUUGCCAUCUGUGCCAGACACGCUGCCAACAGCAUCUGCUGGCGCCAACUCUUCUGCUUCAGAAGAUAUUGACUUUGACGAUCUUUCAAGGAGAUUUGAGGAGCUGAAGAAGAAAACAUAAAACUUCCUGGGCUGCAGGAAGGAGGGGAAGGAGCUGUGACAUCUCUGAAACAGACUCCCUUUGCAGUUGGCUUCCUGUAUUAACCACCAAUGAACAUACUCUUUUUGAGCUCUCUUCCUGCUGUACUUACACCAAGUGCUGCCGCUUUCCUGAUCUUUGCUGCUCCAGGAGAUGAACUGUGGGGAAUGCUGUGAGAGGCAGGGAAGUGCCCCUGUCAGUCUGGGUAGCUGUAAGGGGGAGCUGCACAUGAUGGUCUGGGCACUGUUCCUGGCUGCCCCCAUGAUGGCUCCAUGCCUGCUUGCAGAGACUUUCUCUUGGGGAACCCUUGCUGACCUUUAUGGUGUUUUCAGUGGGGUCUGUUUGCAGAAGGGUGGCACUGGCACUGUCUGCCUGGGCCUAUGGGGGUAUGUGACUGGCCACACAGAGGGCAGAGCUAGGCAGGCUCUGCUACUGCCUGGGGGUUUUGAUGUAUUAGCGUUCCUCCCGCGUGCUGAGCUGCUGUGGACCACCGAGGUCUGGGGUCGAGGCAUGGAGGGCAGUGUGACGGGAUAUGCAGCAGCACCUUGUUUACCCUACCCGAGCCCGAGGCAUCCCGGGCUGUAACGUACCUGUUUGUGGCACUGUCUGCAGCUCUACCGUACUUGUCCGUGACGCUGCCCGCGGCUGUACACCACCUGUCCCGGCCCUGUCCGCUCGCCGGGGCUCGGGCCGUUUGUACCUCGUUCAAUAAAGCGCCGGCCGGGG